AUGGCGUUCGCCGUCAGCUCUGCGACCUUCGCGGUGGUCGCGUCGCCGCGCGUCGCGGUCGCGCCGCGCGCGCGCGCCGCGGCCGUCGCGUCGUCGUCAUCGUCGUCGUCGUCGUCGCGCCGUCGUCGUCGUCGCGCGUCGUUCUCGAACGAUAUCCGUCGUUCGGCCGCCGUCGCGGACGCCGGAGGCGACGACGCCCCGGGCGAGGUCGUCGACCUCGACGACCUGGACUUCGACCUGGACGACCUCAUGCCGGACACGAUCAUGGGCGACCUGGAGGACCUCCAAGAGGAGCUCGGCGCGGAGUUCGACGACGACGGCGUGCCCCUCAACUACGGCGACGCGGCGCUGGAAGCGCGCGCGAUGCGCGAGCGAUGCGGCGUCGUCGACCGCACGGGCGCGUGGAAACUCCUCAGGCUCGGCGGCCCCAACGCGAUCGACGCGCUCAUCGCGUCCGGCGCCGCGGCAAAAGACGUGGACGCGCUGAAGACGCUCGCUCCGGGCCAAGGCGCCGCGGUGUCCUUCGAUCGCGGCGACGGUAGUCGAGCCAUGUGCCACGUCCAAGACGGCGGCGUCCUCAUCAUCGCGCCCACGUCCGUCGCGACGACCCUCCUCGCCGCCGCGGGGCCCGACGCCGCGAUGGACCUCGCGGAACAGUGCGUGCUGUUAUCCAUCCUGGGGCCCAAGGCGAGCGACAUGCUCUCGGACGUCGGCAUCGUCGGCGUGUUGGGCAUGCCGCCGGGGACGCACGCAGUGUUCGGCGCGUUCUAUACACUGGUUCCCAUACGACCGCGCUACGACGACCGGCCCGUCGUCGCCGCGCACGGGACCGAGCUGGGGGGGGAGGUGGCGAGGACGCACGGCGUCGCGAACUUGGUCGUGGACGAGGGCGUCGCCGGGAUGGUGUGGAACGUGAUCGUGAGGAAAGGCGCGGAGCCGUGCGGGUCGCAGGCGUUGGCGGAGGUGACGAAGUCGUGA